AUGAAAGAUUUAACAAAAAAAAUGCCUAAAAAUGUACCAAAAAUUGAUUUUACAAUGUAUCAAAUGGAAAAUGGAAAAACAGUAAGCACACAGGAAAGAGUUUGUAAAGACGUUCAAGCACCUGCUAUGUAUAUUCCUAAAGAUAGUCAGAUAUUUAUUUUUGAGAAUAAUGGGUCAAAGAUACCAAAUAUUCCAUUUAUUAAAAAUCAUUUUUAUAGGGAAGGAAGAAUUAGUGAAAGUCAAGCUCUUUGGAUUAUUGAGGAAGCAACAAAAAUAUUUAGGACUGAACCAAAUCUAAUUGAAGUUGACUCUCCUGUAACAAUAUGUGGAGAUAUUCAUGGACAAUACUAUGAUCUUAUGAAGCUUUUUGAAGUUGGGGGAAAUCCUCCAGAUACAGACUAUGUUUUUCUUGGUGAUUAUGUUGAUCGUGGUUAUUUUUCAAUUGAGUGUGUACUUUAUCUUUGGGCGUUAAAAAUAUGUUAUCCUAAUUCAUUAUAUUUGUUAAGAGGGAACCAUGAAUGUAAACAUUUAACAGAUUAUUUUACAUUCAAACUUGAAUGUAAACAUAAAUAUUCAGAAAAUGUCUAUAAUAUAUGUGUAGAAAGUUUUUGUUCACUGCCUUUGGCAGCAAUUGUAAAUAAACAAUUUUUUUGCGUACAUGGAGGACUUAGUCCAGAAUUAGUCAUCUUGGAUAAUUUACAAUUUAUAAAUCGUUUUUGUGAACCUCCAAUGUCUGGAAUAAUGACUGAUUUAUUAUGGAGUGAUCCAUUAGAGGAUUUUGGAGAAGAAAAAACUGAUGAUUUUUUUGUUUACAACCAUGUACGAGGCUGUUCUUAUUUUUAUAGCUAUAAAGCGGUUUGUACUUUUUUGGAAAAAAACAACUUAUUGAGUAUUAUUCGGGCCCAUGAAGCGCAAGAUUCUGGAUAUCGUAUGUAUCGUAAAACUAGAACUACUGGAUUUCCAAGUGUUAUAACAAUAUUUUCUGCACCUAAUUAUUUAGAUAUUUAUAAUAAUAAAGCAGCUAUUUUAAAAUACGAAAACAAUAUCAUAAAUAUUAGACAAUUUAGUUCUAGUCCACACCCUUACUGGCUUCCUAACUUUAUGAAUGUGUUUACAUGGAGUUUACCGUUUGUGGGCGAAAAAAUUAUAGAUAUGCUUAUAUCUAUUCUUAAUAUUUGUUCGAGUGAUGAAGCAGAUCAUGAAAAUACGUCUACACAAAAUACAUCUUCUAAUGAUUGGGCAGACAUAGAACAAAGAAAACAAGUUAUUAGAAAUAAAAUUCUUGCUAUUGGAAAACUGUCCCGUGUUUUCCAACUCUUAAGAGAGGAAAGUGAAAGCAUAACGGAAUUAAAAACAAUAAGUGGGAAUACAAAACUUCCAGCAGGGACAUUAAUACUUGGAGCAGAAGGAAUAAAACAUGCAAUUACAACCUUUGAUGAUGCAAAAAAUUCUGAUAUUGAAAAUGAGCGAUUUCCUCCUCCAAGAGAAGAUGUAAAUAAAAGAUGCGAAAGAAUGCUAAAAGAAUCACUUUCUUAUACAGAAGAAACAGAUGUAAUUAUAGAUAAGUUAUUCAAAAAAAUAUCAUUUUAA